GAAGGUUUUGGGUUAACAGGUUAAUGUAUUCACGAAGCAGAAGGGCAAUUCGGAAACGGGAAAUGUGCUAUUUGUCUUAAAAAUAGUGACAUAGCUAAAGACUGUGAUGUAUAAAGAAACUGUGGACAUAGUUAUGCAAAAAGAGAUUAAUUUUGAUAUAUCAAUACGUUCAUCAAGGGAAUAUAAGGACGAAACAUAUAUUAAGAAGAGAAGAUGGACCUUCCAGGGAAUCAGUCCAACUUACUCAAUGGUUUACAGGGGACCAGUAGUGGGGUACUUGUUACAGGAACCUCUACACUGAAUGGGAUAGUGACAAGCAAUAUGGAGGGGGUGUCUGCUCCAUCAUCACUAGGGUUGACUGCGAUACAGGUGUCAGGAACCAAUGGGAUAAUUCUCAUAAGCCAACCAAUCAACUCAAGUCCAACAGCUCCAAGCACUCUCACUUUUGCUUUGCCUGUAUCCAAUCCUGCCCAAGAUGUGAAAUUUUCACCAGAGAAACUGGACGGCAUGAACAAGUUGAAGGCACUUCUCACUGCAACCCCUCUAAAGGUGGCAUCCCCUGUAUCUUCAUCUGGAAAUGCUGGGAAUAUGUUCAGAAUCCCUGGUGUCAGCUCCCCUAUCCAUUCCCUCUCCAUUAACACAGCUGUUGUCCAACCUACUCUCACACAAGUCUCCAGUCCAUGUACAGUCUCUAGUUUAGGGAGCUCUGAUGUGUUUCUCAGCAGCUCCAGUAACUAUGGUGAAGUCAGGACAUCUUCUGAUAUAUUCUUAAAUGAUCAUGGUAACAGCAACAGGACAUUGACUGUUCAGAUGGACAAUGUGGAUUCUACCACUAGUGAUCCUGUGCUGUUCCAGCAGAACCCUCACAAUUCUCAGUCAUUCAUGAAUUAUAAUGGAAUUACAUCAAAGGAUGAAUCCUCACAAGACAAAGGGUCUGUGUUGCAUAAUCUUCUGACCAGUGGUGUGGACUCUUCAAUGAUUGACAGUCCUACAUCGAACUGUAGUCAACUUAGUCCGGAGAUUAGAAGCUCCAUGUCAUCCCCUGUGUCCUUGUUUGAAACGAAUACACAAUCAACAUUGAUAGCCAAAUCAGAGCAGCUGCGGAUUGAACACAGUGAUGAUGUGAAAGUAGAAGACUUUGCCUGGGAUACUGUGGAUCAUGAACCUAACAAAUCACUGAAAACUCACAGGAAUUCCAAUGCCGGGACUUCCAUAGCAGACACUGAACCUGAUAGUCUGUUCGAUGGUGGAAGUGCGUCGGCCUGCACUACAGAAUUUACUUUCACUAAGUUUGGAGCUGAUGUAUCUCCUGUUUUUACAUUCAGUGGAGAGAAAGAUGACACCGAUUGUACAUCAUCUGUGAGUAUAAUAUCUUCCUUGAGACCAGACUUUGAAGCAGAUGAGAUGAAUGUUCCUGAAAUCACACAUAUUCAGCUUUCUCCUAAAGUGGGCACAAAUCAUGUGACUCGCUCACGUCACCGACUACGAGAACUCUCUCUAAACCAACAAUUUCCAUGUCGUGUACCAGGUUAUGAGCUGCAAAUUGUGGACCAGCCAGAGGAACAACACAGAGCCAGAUAUCUGACAGAGGGAAGCCGAGGAGCAGUCAAAAACAAAGCUGGGGAUGGCCAUGCUAUGGUCAAGCUUAUUGGAAAGGUGGAAUCUGCUGUGCUAUGGGUGUUCGUGGGCAAUGAUUCAGGCAGAGUGAAGCCACAUGGCUUCUACCAAGCCUGUAAAGUCUGCGGAAAAAAUUCUACACCUUGUCGUGAAAGGGACAUUGAGGGAACAACUGUAAUAGAGAUGAAUAUGAAGGCUGUCGAUGAUAUGAGUGUAUCGGUUGACAAUGUAGGAAUUCUUAAGCUAAGAAAUGCUGAUGUUGAGCAAAGAAUAGGACUAGCCAAAGCCAAGAAAAAGAGCACUAAAGCUCGCUUGAUAUUCCGUGUGAUGUUUCAGAAAGCUGAUGGCAACAUGCAGACUCUGCAGAUUUCCUCAAAUUCCAUUCUCUGUACUCAACCCAUUGGUCAGCCUGAGAUUUGUAAGAUUAGUUGUCGGGAAUCCCCUGUGGAAGGAGGAGGAGAAAUAUUCAUCAUUGGUAAAAACUUCAUGAAGGGGACCAAAGUUUUCUUCCAGGAGAGAGAGGAUGAUGAUGAGGAGGGAGAAAUCACGUGGCAGAAAGAAGCUGACAUUGAUAAAGAUUAUUUCCAGCAGACUCAUUUAGUGUGUACUAUACCACCAUACCAUAACCUGGAACUUAUCAAAUCCAAAAAGGUUCAACUUGUUGUUCAUUGUGCUGGUAAGGCAAGCGACCCCACCCAGUUCACGUACACACAAGUUGUACAACAAACUCCAACUACUCCUCGGAAACAGCAUGAAACACCUAUGGAGACAGACACCUUCCAGAAGCGCAGAGUAUCGUUUACAGUGUCUCCAGAGGCUUUGGAGCUGAAUAAUCAAAUACAACAGACACAACAACAAACAGAGAAUGGAUCGGGAAUGUUCCAACUACCCCCAGGGACCCUCAACAUAGAUAUGAAGAUGCAGGUGGAUGCCUCUCCAAUGAAUACCCAACAGAACAUGGAUACAAAAGAAAAUCUUGUCCAGUCACAGAUGAUGCAACAUUCUGGUAACAUGGCCAGUCCUAUAUCAAUGGGAGACCUAAAUCCACAAGUGAUUAAUACUCCUGUUUCCAUGAUGAGUACUCCCGUAAGUUUAGAGAGUGCCAUCUUCCAGCAAGUGGUGGUAACCAAGCAAGAAGGUAUAGACAGCAUUCUGCAACAAGGAAAUCAAGUCUUGCACCAGCAAGUGCCCAGUCCAAUGAUUCAGGGGACAACUCCCACAAUGCAACAGCAGGGACCACAUGGUAUCCCAGAUCAUGUGAGGAAUGGAAAUCAACAGCAAGGGUUUGGGCUUAGUAUGAACAACCUUGUAUCCCAGGGAAACAUUAGUGUCUCUCAAAUUGAUAUGGAUAAAAUACUUAAUGCUGGUCUUAACUCUAAUGUAAAACUAGGAGGUUUGAACACAAAUACACAGGAUAUCAACUCUAGUCAUUUGAGUGGAACCAUGGCAACAAGUGCACAACCAUCAAGACAGCUAAGUCGACAGAACAGUAACAAUUCUUUGACGUCCAAUGGUUCUAAUUCAUAUAGCUCUCAGACCAAUAUUCUAGAUGUUUCACAUGACUUUGCAAAUAUUUUACAAGAUGCCAAAAAGGAUCACCCAGAAAACAUUGAUAAAAUGGCUGAAGCUAUUCUGAAUGAGAAAUGGAACCAACAUGAGAUCCAUGAGCAGCCCCACACCCCUGCACCAGAGACGGCUCCUCAAUUCUCUCAGAACAACUACCAAGCGUCCUCCAGUAUAGCUCAGCUGCUGGCCACACAUUUAGCUUCCAUCCAGUCAAACAGAGUCAGUUCCCCAGCUAAUUUUCAGACAACCACCUCCUUCCAGACUCAUAAUAGCUAUAUUCAAAGUGGUCAACAAAGCUUUAACCCCAGUCAAGGAAUUGGACUGACGGGGAUUACAAACAGUGGUGUUAAUACAUCCAUCACACAGACUCUACUGAGAAACAUGAAUGUUCCUCUCCAUACUAUCACAUCGAUGACUGCAGAAUCAACCCCUGAAAUGAAAGUUCAGAUGGCAAAUCCCCAGCCUCAGCUUAUAAACAGCAGUUCUAUUCCCACACAAAACAUAAAUGUGCAGCAGCCACAGCUUCAACAACAACAGCAGCAGAAUGUACCCCAGAUUAUCAUCUGUAACCCACCACCUGCUGCCGCUGCCCAGCCCUUGGGUCAACCCCAGCACUCCUCAGCUAAUAACUUUGUGCCAAACCCUGCCCCAGCACAGCCCCCUAGUAUUGUUAUACUUGGCGGUCAGGGGAACAAUCCUUCCUCACAAGGUAAUAACCAGUUAGAAGUUGAAAACAUCCUGAGAUCCAUUUUAGACAGUCUGCGCCCACAAGGUGGCAGCACAUAACAUACACAUCUGCGUCUGUGUAGCCAAAAUGACAGCAUUGAAAAGAUGGGGGGGAUUCUGCAGAUUGACUUUUCAGUAUUUAUUCAACAAUUCUUUUGUGAUAAAACUUUAUUGUGUUUGUUUAUGUUGUUUUUUUUCUUUUGGUUAUUCUGUUAUUAAUGUACAAAUGUAGUUCCUUUAAAAUGUGUAAGAUCCAAGCAAGAUUCACAGCACAAGACAUGUACAUGUAUAUAACCCAAGUUUGUCUUUACAAACCUCUAAAAAAAAUUUCUAAGUUUUGGAGUUACAUAAUUUAUUAGAUCUCAAAACUUCACUUCAGUUUUAGAUUACUGGUCAAGUAAUCUGAUGCUGAGGCUAUUUGUAUAAUAUUGAGACGGAAAAAAUCUGCUGUACGUACGUAAUUAAAGUGUUUUGAUUGAAGCAGACCAUAAAGCAUGGUUGUUCAAUUUUUUAAAAAGGUUGUUAGCUAGGGUAAAGAUUAUUUUUUGAAGGCUUAAGAAAGGGUAAAGGUGAAUGCUGAUGCUACGAUGAAUGUAUCACUUCAACAAAAAAAAUACUACCCAUAUGGCCAUACAAUUAAAACCAGAAAUUCAAAGGUACCUGUAUUUUUUCCAUAUCUUUUCCCUGAUCAGAUGUGUUCAUGUAAAUUGAAAAUUUUUAAAUUUUAGAAGAAAAUGGAUUUUACUUUGGCAGCUCUCAACAUUGUGUGUACCUAUUCAUAUUUAUUAGUAUUAUUAUUACACCUUUUGUUUUUAAAAUGUAAUCAUUCUUGUUAUUUCUCCAGUUACAUUAUUGUGUGGGAGUAGGAUGUUAAAGAAAUGCAGUGACUUAAAUGUGUAAAAAAAAUAUUUGUGCAUAGUAUUUUAGAUACAUCUAUGUAUUCUAUCACCUUUUUAGAACAUUGUACUCAUUAAAAUUUAAUACAAAGAAAUAUCAGAAUGAGAAAAUUGCCAUCAGGGGAACAUCAUUGUUAACAGAUUACCAAAAGUUACUUAAAGUGGAAAUUUUCAUGAUUAAAUUUUUUUCCCUCUGAAAACUGCUUACAAACAAUACAUUUGUAUUCUUGUGUGUUUUGAUAUGAAAUGGGAACUUUCUGAAAUAGCCAAACAGAUUUUGACACAUUGUAUUAGCUUUUUGCAUAUUAAAAUUACAUUUUUCUCGAAUAAAAAUUUCACCGUAUUCAAUUAUCAAACAUGAUGCAUAUUUUUAUCACUCUUCUUCAUUGUAAACCCUACUUAGAAUAUUUAUAAAUUUAUCCAUUGCAAAGCAAAUGCCUGAAUUCAUGUAUGAAUCAAAUACUGUGAAGAAAAAUCGACGUCAUACCUUGUAGUAUCUAUUGUACCUGUACAAUGUAUUGAAUUUAAACAGACAUUUUUGUAUACCACUUUUUUCAGAGUUCUGUGCAUCCAAUAUUUUUUCCACCUUUUUGUGAUAUUACUUAGUGCUAGGAUUUGACAUCAUAGCAUAUAUCAGAUUAGUAUUGAGUAGAGGAAUUGGUGCUGUGAUUAUUUUUCAUCGUUCCUUGGACAAAGUCAAAUUAUUUUCCUAUAUACCGGUUGAUUGGUAUCUUAGAUGUACAUAUCCUGUGAGAUUACUUUUCAUGCACAGUCAGAUGUUGUCAUUUUCAUCACAGAAUUUUAUCUUUGUUCAUGAAUAGCUUCACCAUGCUUGCAUCUGCAACACUGCAUGCCUUUAGAGAACAUUAUUUGUUGUGAAAAAAUGUUAGAAAUUCCAAAUAUUUCAAAUCUGAUAAUUUUUACUGCAUAAUAAGGAAAGUUUGCCCGAAUUCCUUAGAGGUUGCAGAACUAGUUUGUAUUUGUGAAAGAUAACAAAUCUUUCCAUACAUGUGUUCACUUCAAAGUUUAAAGUAAAGUAGUUAUAUUAAAUAAAUUGUCAUUAAGAAUUAAAGAUGUAUUUUAGAUAAUGAAUUUUUGCAGCAUACAUUAAUAGACUAGCAUAUUGAUGAUGUAAUAUUUGAAUUAGCCCUGAAAUUCACCUACAUGGUAGCUUCUAAUUUUUUUCAAUUUUAAAAAGAAAUAUAAAUAAAAUUUUUAAAAAUAUUUUUGAUAAUUGUUUAUGUAGAGUAACUAUGUAUUAACACUUUUACUUUGGCCUGCAGGAGUUACAAUUGAAUAUAAUGUAUCUUUAGAAAGAUUUGGAAGUAUGUUUUAACAAGGAUAUAGAGGGUUUUCUGUAUAUAAAGGUUGAUUGACGUUAAGUAAAUGUAAAAUUCGGGGAACUGUGAAUCUCGAGCCGAAAUCUGCCCUGUACAGUAAACAAGUAUUGUUUUAGUUUGCUUCACACUUUGUGAUAUUGGUAUCGUUUUACUUGUAUGCAAAUCAAAUCAGAUGCAUUGUGUUUAGUAAUUUCUCAUUACUAAUAUAUAUAUAAAUGGCACAGUAAUGCUUGCCUGAAGGCUUUAGUAUUUUCAUUCCUCAUUGCAGUAUAUGUAGUGUUGGCCUCAGUAUAAUUAUUAAAGAGAGCCUGCAGGUUUGUUUUACACAUAUAUAUGUAUUGUUUUUUAUGUUCUCAGCUUGUUACAGUUUUUAUUUGUUAUGUUUUAAUCAAGAACUGUGAAAUCCUGACAAAAAAAAAUUACUACAAAACUUAACAAUAACUAACAUGGAACAUGUUCCAUCAGUAAACAGAGACUAUGUUCUUCCAUCAGCUGUUUAAUGUGCUUAUUCAAAUUUGAAUAUCACUUUCAAAUUCAUACUGGCACUGACUUGUUACCAAAGGUAAUGAACUGGAGCGUCAUUUUUAAAAAAAAAUACAGCAUGCUUUUUUCCAUAGAGAAUUCUUUACUGUAUUGAUUUUUAUCUUUGUUUACUAGAUGUCACAUUGAGUAUUAAAAAACAAACGAACAAAGAA